CGAGGUCAGCGAAGUGUAAGGGAUUGCUCAACCGAGUUUAAUUUACAGAAUUCGAUAAGUUACGAAAGCUGUGAAUUCUCGCCACACUCAACACCUUCUACCCCGCACCCACCGCCACUAGACCAAGCUAAGGAUGACUUACUUAAGCAGUUUUCACUCCUUUUUUACCCUGAGACAGAUGUUAAUUUAUAUUACACAUUAAAUUCAGAUAUCGAUGGUGAUGAGGAAGAUAAUGGUGACAACAGUUCGAUUGUGAAUGUACAGAUAGAACAAACAAUUGCAGAAAUCAAUCGGUUGUCAAGGACAUCAUUGGAGUCAUCGGAAACAACGUCAGCAAAAAGUGUAAACAGCACUUUUUCUAUUCCGGAGCUACCGUCUAUUGGAGUAAGCGAGAGGUAUCUUCCUCAACCACCAUCAUCAUCUACAUCCUCUUCAUCUAUGUACGCUAUACGCACACCGUCUCCAAUACGAUUUCAACUAUUGGACUCACCGUGCUCCGAUACAGAGGGAAUUAUAAUUACCGAAAUGGUCGAAGUGCACUGUGCGCCGGCAAUGCCACUCAUCGAGAGGGCAGACAUGAAGCGUCUGAUAUGCGAAGACCAAUGUAAUGUUGGAGUCAAUUCUUCAGAGGAUAUUCAAAGCCAAAAUAAUAACACAUCUUGUUGUAUGUCCUCCACUUUAACGGAUAGCAAAACUGUUGAUUUGCGAACACCGAUUGUAGUUUAAGCUUGUGUCAAUAAUAAUUACGCAUAUAUAUGUAUGUGCAUACAUAUGUAUGUAUGUAUACAUAUAGUAGGUAUAGAAUCCAACUGUUUGAUUGAAAUUAAUGCAACUCAUUUGCGUUUGAAC